UGGUAACUAAAUAACUGAUUCUGAUUCAUACUUGAGAGAAAACGUGAUCGCUUCUUGCUUCUUUCUUCCGAGUUCUGAGUUCUGAGUUCUGAGUUAGUUAGCUUCUAGAAGAAAGACGCAUCCAAGAAACCAGCCAUGGGGUUUGUGGCGGGGAGCUUCUUGCAUUCUCCACUACCACCCUUGCCGUUACGCUCUUCUUCUUCUUCUUCGGCAAGAAAUUCACACGCUUCCAAGUCAAAGUUCAGAGCAUCGUGCUGCUUGCGCCAAAACCAAGACCAAAACGGUGUCGUUUCAUGCACGAAUAGGAGGACGCUUUUCUUCAUGGGAAUCUCGGUUCUUCCCCUUCUUCGUUUCAAGGCCACAGCUCUUGAAGAAAACGAUGAGGGGAAUACACUAGAGAACAUCCAGAAGGAAGAGACAGCACCUGGCAACGACAAACCACUAUCCUAUUCAGUUGUGGCUUUCUUGAAUAUAAUCGGAAUACUUUCUUCGGGUGUUCUCGCUGCUCUCUAUGCUGCGACGAAGAAAGAAAAGACAACUGCUUUUGAAAUAAUACAUCUGAUGAACAGCAAACUGAAGGAGAAGGAAGAACUGAUUGUGUCUUUGAAGAAUACCUACGAAUUCAAGUUACUGGAGGAAGAGGAGGAACGAACCAAGCAACUUGGGAAAGCAAAGAAGGAGGAGCAAGCUUUGAUAAGUAAACUUAGUUCUGCAGAAAGUACCAUCAUCCUGUUGGGACAAGAGGUAAAGGGUGAGAAAAAAUUGGUUGAGGAGCUGAAGCUUCAAAUUGACAGCCUUGAAACUAUGCUUUCGAAGACUAGUGCAGAGAAAAAGGACCUAGAAGAGAAGUUGAAAGAAAAGGUGGACUCAACUGAAACUUUAGAGCAGAGAAUUAAUAUGCUGAAUUCAGACCUCAAGGAAAAAGAAGCUGGUCUUCAGAAUCUUGUGUUGACCCUUGCAGAAAAGGAGUCAGAAUUGAUGAAUUUGACUUCGACCUACGCGAAAACUAAGGAUGACUUAUCCAAUGCUCAACUGCAGAUUCAAGAGUUGAAUGAUGAACUGCUGAAAAGCCGAAAGGAACUAGAAGCUAAGGAUUCUUUGGCAAAUGAACUUAAUUCAAAAGUUAGUGCCUUAACUCAUGAGAAUGAUGAUUCAAGGAGGAAGUAUGUUGACAUGGAGAAGGCAUAUAACGACCUAAAGUUUACUUCUGAUACUUCCGAAAAUAAGGCUGCGAAGCUUUUAAGAGAAAGAGAGGAGGAGCUUCAUCAGCUAAAGGAACAGCUUCAACUUGUGUCCGAUACAGCAACCGCAAACCAGCUUGACAUUGCCAAUUUAUCUCUAGAAAGACAACAUUUAAAGGAGUCUUUGGAGAAAGAAUCUGAGAAAGUUAACAGUCUGCAGUCUGAACUACAAACCACGCAAGCGGAUCUUGAAAAAUCGAGAGAAGAGGCUUCAGUAUUGGAGAAACAACUGAAUGAGUCAAACAAAUUGCAAAAAAGACUUGAGGCUGAGGUGUCAAACCUUUCAUCUGAACUCACUGAAGUUGACGAGUCACUACAGAGGAACCUCGAGAAAGCAACACAAGAGAUCCAAAUGCUAACCAAUGAGCUUAGAAAGACGAUGGAACAUUUGAAGAAAACACAAGCAGAGCUGCAAAGUAAGUCCCAGGAACUGGCAUCUGCUCUUGAAAACCGUGAAAGCCUAGAACGACAAGUGACUGAAAUCUACAAGAGAGCUGAGACCACCAUCGAGGAUUUGAAAGAAGAGAAAAAGCUAGUUGCUUCUUUGAACAAAGAAAUAGAGGCUUUGGAGAAGCAAGCCUCAAAUGAAAAAGAGGCACGAAGAUUUCUUGAGGUGGACCUGGUGCAGGUAACAACUUCAUUAGAGGAAGUCAACCAAAAGGCAAUGGUCCUCAACAAGCAACUAGAGAGGGCUAAUUCCAUCAUUUCUAGCCUUGAAAACGAGAAAGAGACGCUUAUCAAGUCCCUUCAGGAGCAAAGAAAUGCAUCCAAAGUGGCCGAAGAGAACAUGAAAGACGCCCAAUCCCUCAUCAAGAAACUUGGCAUAGAAAGAGAUAACCUGGAGAACAAAGGGAAGAAAUUUCAGGAGCAAUUGGCUUUAAGCAAGGGUCAGAUAUUGCUGUUGAAGAGCAGGGUUGCCACUCUGAAUAAGCAACCGUCGAAAGAUGAAGGUGAAAGCAAGGUCCCUACUGUGAAUAAGCGAACGUCAAAGGCUGAAAAGGAAAGUAACGUUGCUACUGGAGAUGAGCAAGUGCCAAAGGAUGAAGGUGAAAAGAAGGUCACUGUUAGUGCUAGAAAGAGUAGCAGAAAAAGAAAGACUAAUUCCCAAUGAUCAGAUAGAGAACCUGAUUACCUGAACACCUCCAAACUUUUUUUACCAUAUUAAGGAGAUUUCUAAACAGUCAGUUUUUGUGAGAAUGGUGUAUGGUAUGGAUGCUUCUGAUGAUUCUUUUGGCUGUUUAGGUAGAUUGCUUUUCAUAUUAGACAAAUCUUGUGUAGUGUUGUUUUUGGAGUGUAGUUAUUAGUUGAGUUGAAUGCGGGAAAAGUGGAAACUGAGUUGCACUCUUUAUUUCUU